GGGAGACUUAUUCCUAGUGGAUUUGGUUUCCAAGCCCAAUUUACACCCCCGAAAUAAAUAAAAAAUAAAAAAAACUAAGAGAGGGAUCUCCUCAUCGUUGAGUUUGGUUUCACUGUAGUGAAGUCGUUGUUACAUCUCAAUCGAAUUCCUCAAAACAAUUUCUGAAAAUCUAACCAACUUCAUCCCUUACUUCCUCUUUCUUUCUUCCCACAAACACCAGAUCUUUCUCUCUCUUUCUCUAAAUUUUCCUCUUCCAUUUUCCCGACAAUCUGAAGAAAAAACAAUGGAAAAAAUGAAUAAAGCCUUUGAGAAAGUGAAAAUGAUGGUAGGAAUGGAAGUCGAAGACGAAGAGCAACAAGCUGCAGCAUUGGAUAACGAAAACUCAUUCGCUUUCAUGGACGAUUUCAACCGUAACUGCACUUUGACUACCAAACAGAGACUUUAUGGUUUUGCCAUAUGCUUUGCUACUGGAGUAACCUGUACACUGUUGUCUAUGCUUGUUUUCCUCAAACCAAUCAAGUUUGGGAUAACUUUCACUCUUGGCAAUUUGCUUUCACUUGGAAGCACAGCAUUCCUCAUAGGUCCUAAAAGGCAAGUAUCGAUGAUGCUUGAUCCUGUUCGUAUUUAUGCAACUGCCAUAUACAUUGCAAGUAUGAUAAUUGCCUUGUUUUGUGCACUUUAUAUUCAUAACAAGUUACUUACACUUCUCGCGAUUAUCUUGGAGUUUGGGGCGUUAGUUUGGUAUAGUUUGAGCUACAUCCCUUUUGCUAGGUCCAUGGUUUCAAAGAUCAUGGUUUCAUGUUUUGACACAGAAUUUUAGGUAUCACUCAAAAUACUAUGGCAUCCUCUGUUGAACUGCAUUGAUGAUACCUUGAAAAUACUUGCAAUCCUGAAGAAUGACUGUCGCGGAAAUAUAGAUGGAUAGAUUGUGACUCAUCCUUGUCUGCUACUCGCUUUUCUUGAGUCAUGUCUAUGUUCCAUUUGUUUGGUUGAAGUAAAUUCUUGUGCAUUUGUAUAAUGUUGUCGAUGAGCUAAUGUAAAGAGUUUUGUUUCUCUCAA